AUGAGAUAUUACGAACAGCGGUACCCCGAAGUUGACGAACUGGUCAUGGUCCAGGUUCGUCAAAUCGCAGAGAUGGGCGCAUAUGUUAAGCUUCUUGAGUAUGACAAUAUCGAGGGAAUGAUUCUGCUUUCUGAGCUGUCCCGUCGGCGGAUCAGGUCGAUCCAGAAGCUCAUUCGAGUAGGGCGCAACGAGGUCGUCGUCGUCCUGAGGGUUGACAAGGAAAAGGGGUACAUUGAUCUUUCGAAACGACGUGUCUCACCAGAGGAUAUUACCAAAUGCGAGGAACGAUACAUGAAAUCGAAAACUGUCGCAUCUAUCAUGCGGCACGUCGCGUCCAAGUUGCCUUCCGUCGGUGCCGAUGGUGUCGAGCAAGUAAGCGAGGUACAAGAUGCGGAGGCAAAGGAGGCGAAGAAGUCUCGGAGGGCUGCCAGGAAAGAGGGCAACGAGGACGAGGCGGCUGAGGAUAUGGUGAUCCCGGGGUCGAACGAGGAAGAUCGCCUGGAGCAGCUGUACGACCAGAUUGCUUGGCCUCUGGGAAAAAAAUAUGGGCACCCAUACGACGCAUUCAAGCUCGCUCUAACCGAGCAGGAGACAGUCUUUUCAUCUUUGUCGAGCCCAGUCCAGCCAUCUACACUCAACAUCCUCACGGCCACCAUCGCGCGCCGCCUUACACCCCAGCCUAUCAAGCUGCGUGCAGAUAUCGAGCUAACAUGCUACACUCCUGCUGGAAUCGACGCCAUUAAAAAGGCUCUCCGUGCCGGUGAACGUGAGAGCAGCGAGGCGGUGCCCAUUAAAGCGAAGCUAGUGGCGCCGCCGUUGUACGUUUUGAGCACGAACGCCACGGACAAGUAUGCCGCUGUGGACCGUUUGGAGCGCGCAAUCGAGUCCAUUCAGUCGACGAUAGAGAAUAGCGGUGGGUCGCUUGUUGUGAAGAUGAAGCCAAAAGCUAUCUCGGAGACAGAAGAGCACGACCUCGCGCAGCUCAUGGCUAAGGCUGGCGAAGAGAACGCAGAGGUGUCCGGAGACGAGGACGACGAAGAAGUCUUAUAG